GCGCCUGCAGUCCGCUGUCUGAGCGUCGCCUGCGUCUCGUCUCCAGACUCUCCACUAUACUUGUGCUGGGCCUCGCUCUCGACGUGAGCAUAUGUUGUGCGACACUGGCCCUGGUGUUGACAAUUCUGCUCAUUCUCCUCGCGCCCGAUUGAAGACAGACAGUCGAUUGCCGUAGGGUUGGGUUGGGGAGCGAGCGUGCGAGCGAGCGAGAGCGAGGGAGUUGAAGAGUGCGAGGAGGAGGAGGACGAGCAAUUUUCGUUCCGGGUUCGAGGAGGAGGAGGAGGUGGAGAGGGCAAGAUCGUGCCGGAGCUGGUAGCUCUGCAUUCCGUUCUCGUGGGGCGCUCAUCGGUGUGAGAGCAAUUUGAAGUGCGCGAGCGGGGGAAUUCGGAAGGCUUCGCACUAAUCUGCCAGGGGAAUUCUCGGGGACCGGAGUCUGUCGUGGGUCGGGCGAGAAUUGCGACAGUGGUGGCCGUCUCGGGUUCGAUCUUGUGUCUGGACCUCCGGAGUGCGGACGAACGGUCGGAGAGCGGUGUUUCUUGAAAUUGAAGAUCUGUUAGUUCCUGUCGUGCCGCCGGUUCUUUUCAAGGAAUUGCUCGUGUACAGGACAUUUCAGAUGAAAUUUUACAGCUCUUCGUUGAAAGUAUCAACAGCGAUCAGCUCUUCUAGAAAAUUGUCAUUUUGGCCCUUCCACCAGGAGCUUUUCUGUGAAUUCCCCCCCAUCAAUCGUUUCGCCGUCUUGCCUUCUUCCAAAGAGGCCCGUAGCAUGUUUCUUGAAGAUAAGCAGUGAAUUCGACAUCUGCAGUUGAACCUUUCUAAGACAGUCAGCGUCAGUUCGCCGGAGGAACGUGUGGCCUGCUUUUGGGAGUCUUGGACGCGAAUGAUCUGAGCUUCUUGUACAAAUUCGGCCAAAUGCUCACCUCACAGCUCUGCUCGAAUCCUCACUGCAAGCGGACAUCUCCAGGAGAUGGACCGACUUGCCGUUGGCACGUACGCAACUACGGCAGCGAAGAGGAGCCCAAGCAUGUCACUCUAUGCAACGCCUGCAAGAUCAAUUUUGACCAGGGCAAGUACUGCCCAUUCUGCGUUCAGAUUUAUCGCGAGAAGGACCCAGACAGCUUUGACGGAAAAGAGUGGGUGGGUUGCGACAAUCGUACCUGCAGGCGCUGGGUUCAUGUAGACUGCGAGGUGGGAGCUGGAAAUAAAGUGGAUUCAGCUGCGUUCUAUUUAUGUCCCAGCUGCAGAGAGAACGCCCAAGAACUGGGCGAUCGGAAACGUCCUGGUCGUCCACCUGCCCAAGAUCAGUCGGUGGCCACAAACCAUUCCAACUCGGACUCUACGCCAAUGGAUGUGGAGCAGAAGCCCAAAAUGUCCCUGUCGAUACGAAACUCCAGAAGACCACUCCAAGUUGAUUUGUCCAAACUUGAAACUUCGUCACUGAAGCGCUACCGCCGUGUCUACAACCUGCGAGAAGUGACCAGCAGCUGCAAGGAGGAGCUCAUUCCGGCAGUGGCACGACAUUUUGCUGCUCAGGUCGUGGAGGAAAAUGAGACGUUGCUGACAUUUGCAUGCUUCCUGAAGAAGCAGCAGAAUUUUUCUGCUUCCAGCUUGACACAUCGCAUCCCACGUACAGCAGCCAAAUGAAUUGAAGGCGAUGAGAGCGUCAUACAUAAUACUUUGCCUGUACUCCUUACUACUGACUCUCGUGCUUUUUAAUAGCGUCGGUCACUGCGAAGGAUUGCAAGCAUAGUAUAGAUAUAUACCGGAGGUGAAGUAGUCGGGUCAGUUUUGUGUAAAGAGGCCGUAGUCACCCUUAAGCUAUUUCAGACUGCCUCCUGUCAAGUGCUCCUACAGUCAACUGGUAUCGUGGCAGCACGACUUAAAGUGGGACGAAUUCUAUGUUCGUUUGUAUAGUGUGUUCGGCCACUAAAUUCCAAACAAUCGCGAUAUGAGAGGCAGGUUGAUUUGUAUCAUGAGUAGGAGACAACCUAAAUUUUUAUCAUUUUCUUAGCGAAGAUAUUUGCGGAUUUGCCAAUUUUUUUAUGUAAACAUUUUCCUUUCA